GGUGUCCUCCCUCCCACCACAAGCCCUACCAAUUGCAAAAGCUGAAAGUCUGAAGGAAUGAAUGGUGAAGGAAUGAAGGUGGGGGGGGCAAAUACUGGAGGGCGUGAGUCUAAUGGGUCAGGUCUGGGGCCUCACUUUUGUCCAGAGGCGCGGGUGAGGGGACCAUUGUCAUCGUUAUAUAAGUGUCCCCAGGCCUCCCUGCAGUUGCUCGAGUGGUGGAGGUGGAUGGGGGAAGGGGAAGGGGAGGCUUCUCUCUUGGUCAGGUAAAUGGGCACCAGAUGCUAUGGGCACAGAGGCCAUAGGAGGAACUCAGGAGGGGUUCCACUGCUGGUUAGAGCUCAGCAAGCCCCUCCGCCAGGUUCUCCGAGCUCUCACCUGCCUCUCCCUCCUCCCCAGUCAGCUCAGGCCCCAGUGAGGGCCACAUUCUCACGAAGGCCAUCCUGCUGGCCUGUGGACACACUCACAGGGCAGCAAUGCCACCAGUACCCACUGAUCACCAUGGUCAGGCUGGGGAGGGACGGUGGGAACCUGCCCCAGGGUCGGUUGGAGGUGUUGGGCUGAGCUGGGGACCAUGGCAGACCCUACUGGUCACUCUGUGUCCUCUGGGCCUGUGGAGGUUAGCUGGGCAGUAGCUCAGCCUCUCACAGCUUCUCCUUCAGGCUGGACAAGGAGGGGGCCCAGGGUCCACUCAGGGCCCCGGUCUGGGGUCUCCCUGGAGGCUCCUGGUAACAAACGGCCCCUCCCCUUCUGGGUGCUGGUAUCCAUGGCAACACUGUAGAGCGUUUCUCUCCCCAGGCCUGCUUGGAUUUCAGGCCUCAGGUGAGUGUUGGCGGGAGGGCCCUGGGUCUGAGGGGGACAGGGACAUCACCGGCAAAGGACUAGCACCUUUGGGGACACUUGCACUAGGCUGGGGGGCAGGAUUACAGCUCCUGGAGGGCAAGGGUGACAGGGGGGAGAUGAGAGGGAAUAUGUGAACACCCAAGUGACAUGGUGCCAGGGGUGGGGGUGACCUGCUGCCCUGGCCUGGUCAGAAACACGCAGGUGUGGACACCCACGUGACUGGCAGUGUGCUGUCCUGUGGGGCAGACACACACACACACACACACAUACACACACACCCCUUCUCGGAGAGUGACGCCCUGUGAACCAGCGGUGCCAUCUUGGGGCUGCCAUACACACGCACGUGCGCUGGCCAUGUAAGGAGAGCCGUGCAGGGGUGCCCAAACACGGGACCCAGGGUAGCCCUACCAUCCUUCCUCUGAGCUCCCUCAACGUCAAGAAUGGCCCCUGAGUCUUGUCAGGAGGCUGAAGAUGCCGAGGAAAAGGCUUUCCCAUCCCUGGUGGACCGAGAACUGGUCAGCGGCCACGUGGGGCCCCCAGCCAGCGCCUCUCCUGACCGUGGGGCUCCCGCAUGCCCUCAGGACACCAAGCUCAGCUCCACCAGGAUGGUCUCCUCUGUCAACCCGCAGUAAGGAGGGGAGGGGGGAGGUCAGCCGCUUGGGCCAGGCCAGCCAGAGAGCAGGGCCUGAUCAAGCGGAAGGAGCGCUGGCCUUUCAGGUCUGCCCCGGAGUCCCUGGACCCCCGCACUCUGCGGCUGUUGUGGAGGCAGCGAGAACUGGAGAUCCAGGCCCUGCGGUGGGCAAUCGAGAACCACCGGGAGGCCCGACACUGCCGUAUCCUGCAGGAAGUGGCUGGGCUUCCAGCCGAGAGGAGCUCGCGCAGCCAGAAGCUCUUGCAAAACCAGGUCCAAAAGCUGACUCUGGAGUUGGAAGAGCAGAAGGGACAGGCCCAGCUGGUGAGGGGCAGGAGAAGGCACACCUGGAGGAGCAGCUGCUGCAGACCAGAAACACGCUGCGGCAGCUGGAGGCAGAGUUGCAGGCCUUGCAGAAGUCCUGCCUCCUGCAGCUGGCCCGCUCCUCCUGGGUGGACCGCAUGCUGCGGUCUUCCACGGGCGGUGUGGAGGUGAUGACGGCAGAGACCCUGAUGGGCCCCAGUGACCUCUCUGAGAACGAUCGGCCCCCCACUGCUGGGGUGGGUUUCCGGCUGGAGAAUGUGGACUGGAACAGCAUCGCCCACCGGUACCCCAACCUCUUCACCAACCUCGAGUCCAGCUCAGAUCAACAGCACCUCCGGGCCCCGCCGCUCCCGGAGCUCCCACCAGCCACACAGCCUGACCAGUGGAACUCAGAGCUGUACUGCCGGCAGAGGGAGCAUCGUCUCAAGAGCAUUGAGUGGAGCUCCCUGCCCCUGGUGGGCACCAGCAGCUCCGGGGGUGCCGACUCUGAGUCCAGCAGCUGCCUGCUGGCUGCACGUUACCAUAUGCAGAAAGUGACAGGGGACCCUCUCCAGGCGCCAGGCCACACUGCUGAGCAGAAGGAGGCACAGGCACAGAGCCUCUGCGGGGACAGUCGAGCAACGUGGGAAGGCCGCCUCUCCCUGGAUCUCCGGAAAACCCACUCGGACAGGCAGGGCAAGAAUGGCCAGAAGCCUGAGUCCCGUGCGGAUCCCCACUCCCGGCAUUACGGGCGCUGUCCAAGCCCCACGGGCUCCUGCCUGAAGAUCAUGGCGGUGAGCCACCGCCGGAGGUUCGUGCGCAUCCUCAACCAGUCACUGGAGGAGACGGCUGACCUGGGUGGCUUCGUGCUGCAGCAGCUGGUGCGCGACUUCCCCGUGUGCAUGUACCGCUUCCCGCCCAGCACGCUGCUGGAGCCAAGGCAACACAUCACGGUGUGGGGCGAGGCGCCCAGCAGCACCAAGCGGCAGCCACCCUCCUCCUUGGGCCAGGAGCCCGUCCACUUCCACUCCAGCCGGGGCUGCGUGACCCUCCUCCUAAACCCCCAAGGCGAGGUCCUCAGCGAGCACCAGGCCGCUCACUGCGUGACCACCGUGUGCAGGAUCUUCGCCGACAACACCGACUUGUCCAUCGACCGUUUCCCGCUCUCAGAGGCCCGGCCCGGUGCCGACCUCGCGGAGCAGCAGCCCCUGCCUCGACCCCCGCGCAAGGGUCGGGUGCAGGAGGCCCGGGCCGGGCGCCGGAGGCCGGGGACGCGGGUCCAGUUGCCCCGCCUGAGCACCAGAAAGCUCCUCCGCCAGCGAGAGGUGCCAGCGCGGCCCGAGGGCGCCGCCGAGACCCACCCAGAGCUCCUGCCCGCCAGCCCCAUCCCCGUCCCCGGUGCGCCGGAAGAGCGUGGACCGCGGCUGUCCGAUGGUGGCGCUGUCGGUGCAGAGCACGGCCGAGAGCAGGUUCGGCUUCCGCUUCCUCAGCUGCCUGCCCAUCACCGCGGACUCGCGCUGGCCGGUGUAGGGCCGGGCGGGUCGGCGGCACCGGCGCCUGUGCUCCCGCGUCUCCACGACUGUGGCUGCGGGGCGGGGCGGGGAGAAAGCGCCGGAGGCAGGCGGUGCCAGCUGCAUAGUUUAUUGAACCAACGCCGCCCACCAAGUAAACCGCAUUUCUGUACACCUGAGAGUCGAAAAUGAUUCGCUUGGUUUCCGGGUAUCCGGCCCCAAG